UAACGCCCCCUCCACACCCCGGACCAAAUAAACGAACCAAGCCUUCUAAAUCUGCUCAAACAAAGACUGUCGGCGAAGCCCUCCAAUCUUCUUCCUCAACUGUUUUUCUCGGUUACUGUGCUCGUCGGAACCUGACAUUGUGGGCGGAGCAAGCGGUGUCGCCGCCUACUGUUGUAGCCCCACGCAGACGCAAUGCCGGUCCUCCUCUGCCGCGGUUUUGGGCUCUUUGGGGCCUUUUUCUUUGCGGCGGCUGUGCUCCAGGGUUUCGCGGCGGCGGCUCAGCUCCAACACCGUGCUCCGGAUCUACAUUGGCUCCCGGCCACCGCCACGUGGUAUGGAAGCCCCGAGGGCGACGGUAGCGACGGUGGAGCCUGUGGGUAUGGGAAUCUAGUGGACGUGAAGCCCCUAAAGGCCAGGGUUGGCGCUGUGAGUCCAGUGCUGUUCAAAAAUGGCGAAGGGUGUGGAGCCUGUUACAAGGUGAAGUGUCUAGACCAGAGCAUUUGCUCCCGACGAGCCGUGACCAUAAUCGUCACCGACGAGUGCCCCGGUGGGUACUGUUCCAACGGCAAAACCCACUUCGAUCUCAGCGGCGCCGCCUUCGGCCGUAUGGCCAUCGCCGGCGAAAAUGGGCAGCUCAGGAACCGAGGCGAAAUCCCAGUCAUUUACCGGCGGACUCCUUGUAAGUACCCAGGCAAGAACAUCGCCUUCCAUGUCAACGAAGGCUCAACAGAUUACUGGCUCUCACUCCUGGUUGAAUUCGAGGAUGGCGAUGGGGACAUUGGUGCAAUGCAAAUAAGAGAAGCAAGUUCGAGCGAGUGGCUGGAUAUGAACCAUGUGUGGGGGGCAAAUUGGUGCAUUAUUGGUGGGCCUUUAAAAGGCCCAUUCUCGGUGAGAUUAACAACAUUAUCUACGGGAAGAAGCCUCUCGGCCAGGGACAUAAUCCCAAGGAAUUGGUCUCCCAAGGCAACUUACACUUCUCGCCUUAAUUUCUUCUCUUGAUUAAGAAACAUGGAGGAGGAGGAGGAGAAGAAACGCAGACUUUGAUUUUUUUUUUCCUUUCUUUUUCUUUCUUUUUAUUAGCUUUGACAAAAAGAAGGCCAUAUUAUGCACAAAAGCAUUUGCUUUCUUUUUGUUUUAGUCCACACCCCAUGGCAGGAAAAGUAGCCGUUUUUCCGUUUUCUUUAGUAGAAAAGUGACCGUUGGAGUGCAAAAUGGCAUCCAAUGGACGUCUCUUUUCGUUUGUGUGUGUUUUUUAUUCUGUUUUUGAGUGUGGUUGCUAUUGAAUAUUGAUAGCCCUCUCCAAAGAGGAGAGAGAGCGUGGUAGUGUGUAUUGCCAAGUUGUUUGUUUAAUGAAUUUGGACCCCUCAGUCAAACUACGUAGGGACAUAUAGCUGCAUUUCAGGGCCUUGGAUGCAGUGUUUCCCUGCAUUUAGUUUUAAUACCAACUUUUGAUAUUAAUUUUA